CCUAUUGAACUUAAUGAAAUUUUGUCUAAUUAUAUAAUUGAAUUUCAAUCGAUUAUUGAAGUUAUUAAGGACAAAACAAUUACCGAUGAAGAAAUGAGUGAAGAACUUGAAUUAUUGUUGUCUCUGACUGAAAUAAGUGAAGAAGCAUUAAAAGAAAUGUGCAACCAAAUCUGCGAAAUUAUUCUUAAUUUCAUUAAAGACAAUGAUGUUCUUAAAGAAAAUUGA